AAUUAUUUUCAUUCAAAGUACAAAACUGUAUCCUAACCCAAUACGUUUGACCUAUUCUACACAUCAUAAAUAUUUUGUUCUAAAAUUUGAAAUCCUUCAAUAUUGAACCAUGUCUAGUCUUGAACAUUGAUAAAGGAAUUUUCACAGUUUGUAUCAGUUAUGUCAAUGAUCUUGAACCCAUCUACAUAACACUAAUUUGAGUUAUACGUGUUUUUAAACGUCAAUAUUGUCGUUUUGUCUGAGACUGGUCAUCUGUUUCAAGAACGUGUCUCAAUUACCUCAAAUACCUUCAGAAACCAACUGAAGCAAAAUAUUUACCCAAUAUCCAUGAGGAAGCAAGUACAUUCCAAGUGAAGAAGAUAGUAAAAUAAUUGCACAUGAGACAAUCAUAAGCAUUUAAUGAUUUUCAGUUUAAUUUUUAUAAAAUAAAAAGCUUUUAGUUUUGAUCUACCAAUUUCCACUCAAUUCAAAUGGAAUAAAGUUCAAAGUUGUGGAAUAGAAUAGGAUUGACCAAAGCUAGUUUGUUUCUGGAAAAAGUAAAGUUACAAACUUCAUAAUGUCGAGUGCUUCGAGCUUCAACAAUAACACCGUUCUCAGGCGACUCUCCACAGUCUCUGCCGUUUCGUGGACAGAGCUGGGCCAGAGGAGGAUGGUUGCGUCGUGCGACGAGCGAGGUGGCGGAGGCGGCAAGAAGGGAGGCGGAGGAGGCGCGGAUGACGAUGUGGCGGUGUACACGGUGUCGGUUGGGGGCGGCUACGCCAACGAGGCCUUCAAGGACGAUGGUGACGCGGUGGGGGUGGUGAACAAACCGCCCCCAGGCUCAGUGGACGAGGACCCCACCUCCAAGGGCAAGGUCAAGCUGUCCAGAGGCGAGAAGUGGCGCAUUCUCAAGAACAUCGCAGCUGUCAGCUUGGCGUUCAUGGUCCAGUUCACCGCCUUUCAGGGCACAGCCAACCUACAGAGCUCGAUAAACGCGCGGGAAGGCCUAGGCACAGUGUCAUUGAGCGCGAUCUACGCAGCGCUUGUGGUGUCCUGCAUAUUCGUGCCGACCUUCCUGAUCAAGCGGCUGACGGUGAAGUGGACCCUGUGCUUCUCGAUGCUGUGCUAUGCGCCCUAUAUCGGCGCCCAAUUCUACCCCAGGUUCUACACCCUCGUGCCGGCAGGAGUCCUGCUAGGUCUGGGUGCCGCUCCCAUGUGGGCCGCCAAAGCUACCUACCUGACGCAGGUCGGAGGCGUUUACGCCAAACUCACCGACCAGCCCGUCGACGGCAUUGUCGUCCGCUUCUUCGGCUUCUUCUUCCUUGCCUGGCAGACGGCCGAGCUGUGGGGCAACCUCAUCUCGUCACUUGUUCUAUCAUCGGGGGCGCACGGCGGGGGCGGUGGGGGCCACGGCAACACCACCUUCAACGAGGAAAAGCUGCGUCACUGCGGAUCCAACUUCUGCGUGAUCGGGGGCAGUCACGGCAAUGACAACCUCGAGAGGCCUCCCGACUCCGAGAUCUACACCAUCAGCUCCAUCUAUCUCUGCUGCAUCUUCAUUGCUGUCGCCAUGGUCGCACUAUUCAUCGAUCCUCUCUCCAGGUAUGGAGAGAAGCAGAGAAGAAACGACAGUACAGAACUAAGUGGUAUUCAGCUACUUUCAGCAACAGCCUAUCAGCUGAAGAAGCCCUACCAACAGUUGCUCAUUCCUAUCACCGUAUGGAUAGGAAUGGAGCAGGCUUUCAUUGGAGCUGACUUCACACAGGCAUACAUCUCGUGCGCAAUGGGCAUUUCGUCAGUGGGCUACGUGAUGAUCUGCUUCGGAGUGGUGAACGCGAUCUGUUCGCUGGUGUUCGGUUCGCUGAUGAAGUUCGUCGGCCGCUUCCCGCUGAUGGCUCUGGGUGCCGUGGUGCACGCCUGCCUCAUAUUCGUGCUGCUCAACUGGCGACCCCACCCUGACAAGCCCUACAUCUUCUUCACCAUCUCCGGCCUCUGGGGAGUCGGCGAUGCCGUCUGGCAGACGCAAGUCAACGGUAUCUACGGAACACUGUUCAGACGCAACAAGGAAGCGGCGUUCAGUAACUACCGUCUGUGGGAGAGCGCCGGCUUCGUGGUGGCCUACGCCUACAGCACACACCUGUGCGCGCGCAUGAAGCUCUACGUCAUGUUCGUGGUGCUGGUCAUCGGAAUGAUCGGCUACUGCAUAGUCGAGUUCCUGCACAAACAGAAGAAGCUGCGCAUGAAGAAAGCAGCAGCAGCGGCCGACGCUAAGGCUCUGGCUGCAGCUGAGAACAACACGAGGCCGCCGCCAGUCGUCGAGGAGACCGAUGACGAGAAGGACGACAUCGACGAUGAGAUCAUCAUCACACAUCUCUGAGGAUCAUCCUCGCGGGGACAUCUAGCCGCUACCGUGCGUCACACACCCGACCGCUUCCGUGCUUGCGGUCUCUAUCCCGGUGCUUGACACGUUGGACACUACUGUGGGAUGUUAUCACCAGAGAGAAUAGAAUGUAACAUGAAUGAACAUAGAAUAUUACAUUCUAUACUCUCUGGUUAUCACUACUGUUGGAUGUUAUCACCAGAAAGUAUAGAAUGUAACUUGAAAGAACAUAGAAUUAUGUUACAUUUAUGAAAGAACAUAGAAUGUUACAUUCUAUACUCUCUGAUAAUCACUGUUCGUGACUAUCCGUUCAAACAAACAAUCAUAAUUGUUGACUAGAUAAGUGAUAAGCAGCCUGAGUUGCCGUACGAACUAAUUUUACUUGUUUUUUUCUUGCUACCUGACCAUCUCCAAUUUUUGUUGGUUGAAAGUACUCGAAAGAGAGUACUUUGUGAUACUCUUUACAAUCAUGAAGAAUGUAGGCAUACAUUGAGAUUUGAGAAUGGCUUAUAGAAGUCAAAGUCAAAAUACAUAAACAAUAAUCGAGUUUAUACAUUAAUUACAUUUUAAAAAUGUAUAUAUUAUCUCAUGUUUUCACUGAAAAGAGACACUGUGACUGAGUGACUUAGGAUGAGACGAUAAUAAGCGUUCUUGAGGCGUUUUUAGAGUCGGCAGGGCAGGAAGCUCUCAGUUGGCUGAUUGUGUUGUCGCCUCUAAAAACGCUCAAUAUCGUCUGGUUCUAUUAGUGACGGACAAGUCACUAGUCUUCACCACAUAACAUUCUAAAUUGUAAUUGUUUGGGAUAUUUUCCCUGAACCAUUUUUAGUAUGGACGAAAAAAUUAGAGAUGGUAAUGUACAAAAUUGAAUAUAUUUUAAGCAACGUCUCAAAUCAUUUAUCGAAUGUUUGUUCAAUAGUUGUUUGUUAAUAGCUGAGGAUGGAAUCCUUAUUGUUUAGAGGACAACUGUAGGCAUCAGCAAUGCACUUUUUUGUGGAAUUUCUCCACAAAAUAUCUUUUCGUGAAAGUAUGGUCUUUCAAAGAUGUGCCUUUUAUCAAAUUGAUAUUUUAUUAAUAUGACUUACUCACUUACAGAAGAGAGUAUAUAUAUAACCUUUGUUAUGUUCUUUAUUAUUGAUUAUAAGGUUGCAUUGAAUUUUCGAAGAUUCAAUAAGCUCUAAAUAUUGAAGUUGUGGAGUACGGUAACGUAUGAAAACAACGUUCUUCAUAUAAGAAAAACCUUUCAACUAUUAAAUAGCCAAUUUUAACAAGUCAACAUUUCAACUUUCUUGAUUGAAUGGUUGUUGUUUCAAAUGUAAAUAGUGGAAAUUAUUGGCUACCCAACUGUUUUUAAAAUAUUUUUUUCGAUAUCAAUUUCUCAAAUAUUAACAUAAAUUCAUGAAUGAAGUUGAUAUACAAUAUUAAUGACAAGCAAUUGAAACUCAUUUCACUAUUUCAAAAAUGAUAGAAUUUUUUUGCUAGUAGAACGAUGACACCCUUUCACCAACUGCCUAUUUAUCAAUAAACAAUCGACAACACGUUGACUUGACGCUUUCUAAGUUGUGUUGACAAACAUUUUAGGUUGAGCACCUCGCACCUGAUCGAAUCAAUCUGAUGUAAGAUUGUCUACAUAACGGUAACGGUGCACAUACAAGCACGGCGAGGACUUGUCUCUGUCUCUUGAUGGACGUGAAAUCUGUUGGAUCCUAUCCUUCUGAAAACCUGUUGUCACACUUAUGGAACCGCUUCAAACCAGAUUUUGCAUACGCCGCUUUUCAGAACGACGGAGGAAUUAGUAGUAAAAGUAAUCAGUCAACAAAUUUCAAAAACAAGCAAUCUUACUUAAUUCGCCAUUUCCUAUCGAUAAGUGGAUAAGUGAUAGCGGAUUAGCUGUUCUACCUACUUUUACAGUAGCUGCAAAUUAUUAUAAUCUCUCUCUCGGAGAAGUUUGCUAUCAACGACUUCUCAUUGUUGUUUAAUUAAGUUACGUAAAGUAAAGCGCCAAUCAAUAUUGAAUCAGGGUGUGAUAUUUCAAAUAAAUUGAAUCUGAAGUGAUUUUAUAAACUAACGUCUAUUUUUUUAAAAUACUUCUCAAAAACAAGAGUCGAUCAUUUGAAAAUAUUAAUAAUCUAUUUCUGUAAAAACAAUUCAAUUCUAUAAAAACAAUAUACCUAUAUUUAUUUGUUCAAAUAUAUGUCAUAAUUGUUCGCUAUUACAUCCAAACUGUACGAUAGGUAGGUAGUUUUAAAAUGGGUGAAAGCAAUAUUGAUGACUAAUGGAUCAUUGAGAGCCAAAAUUCAGUUCAUCCCAUAAAAUGUCAUUCUCACUGCUCAACGAUCGUUUCAUUAAUUCUGGUGACGAAUCUAAUGAUCUAGAAAAUUGUUAUAUUAUUGUUUGAGAAAGAGAUCGAGUGCAAUAUUGCGGUUGUGAUCGUUAAUGAAUAAAAUAGUAUUAAAAACUAUGAGAAUUAUUGUUGCUUAUUGUUUAAUUAUUGAUAAGGGUAUAUUUAUCUUACAACUGGCCUUACCAACUUAAAUAAUCAUAUAUUUUUGAUUGUUAUAGGCGUAUUGUAGAUUAAUAACUCCUGUUACAAGUAAGGGGCAAGCAUUGUGAUAAAUGUCAAAAAUGUAAAAACUUCCAUUAAUUGUUAAACGUUUAUAGUUGAUAAACUUACAUUCCAUAAUAUUGUAAAAAGAGCGAGAGAUUGUUGAACCUUAAAAUAUAUCUAAGAGUUACUUCUAGUAUAAUAGUUUGUAAUUGGAUAGUAUGAUUGUUGCUUCAAAAAUAUGAGUCACGAUAUUUUUUAUCAAUUUGUUUCACAUUUCGUCGUAGGAGUACCUCCUAUGUAGGGUCAUAGUAAAAAACGUUUUAUGGUUAAAAUUAAAGCCACUUCAAAAUUGAAUGUGAAUGUUCGUUUUUUCAUAUUAUCAAUAUCACAAAUAACAAUCUGAAUUAAACUGAAACGUUUAGGCUAUUUGACUAAAUAUAAACAAUAAAAAUAAAUAAUAAAUUAUACGAAUAUAACAAAUAACAAUUUGAAUAAAACUGAAUAUAAUCUGAAUGAUGAUGAUUAUUCUCAUAGCGGGAAUAUUUAUGUUUGAAGAAAAAGGACAUCAAUGCUCUAUCUCCAUCAUAAUCAUCUUAGAAUGGAUAUAGGCUAUGGGAAGCCAAUUCAUGAGGAGUCAUUGCUUUUGAGUCUUGAAAAUCUGUGAGCAUAUUUUUGAAGCUGCAACAUGCAAAAUGAGUGUGCCUGUGUAUUUUUGUAUAUAUAAUUAUUAUUACAAGCAUAUGUAAGAUACAUUAUAAUUAGGAUACUAACUUUAAAUUGUUAUUAAUUCUAGUGCUUGUGAUUUCCUGUUAGUUGAGUGAUGUUUUGUGAAUUAUUUGAAAAUAAUCAUGAAUUGAAGGUUUGAGAUCGGCUUUGGGUGGAAACCAUACGAGUGAAAUGAUUGGUUGAUGAGCUAUUAGAAAAUACAAUGUUGAAUGUACAAUAAUAAUAAUUUUUGUACAGAACAGUACUUAUAUGUUUGUAAUUUAGUUUUGCUCCAUUGUGAUGUAUUGAGUGAAAAUCUCUGUUGGUGCUGACCUCUAGUUUUUGAUGAAAUUUUGAUUGUGGAUGAAGUUGAAAUUUCUAAGUGAUAUUGAUGUGGCUUGGACAAUACAUUCACAGCCGUGAAUCGGCAAUCAACUUACAACUAUUUAUUUCUCCAAAUGAAAUGAUAAGAUAUCGCAGAAUUGAUAUUAAAUGUGUUUUUAAACGAGCCAUAUAGUUAGGAUAUAGUGAUAAUUGAAAAUUUUGAAUAAAAAUCUUGUAGAUUGA